AUGUUCACUCAGAAUUACCAGCAUAUCCUGGCCUUGGCAUUUGCUGUGAAGGAACUCAAUGAGAAUCUUCAAAUCUUACCCAAUGUCAGUUUGGGCUUCCACAUCUUAAACAGCUAUUUUUUGCCAAGAUGGAUCUAUCUUGCCUCAAUGGAACUUUUAUCCACUCAGGACAAGCUCAUCCCUAAUUACAAAUGUGAUAUUCAGAAUAAGAUUGUGGGAGUCAUUGGGGGACCUAAUUCUCAAGUCUGUCUCCACAUGACAAACAUCUUGAGCACCUACAAGAUUCCACAGAAGGGUAUCUGUGUGGACUUCUUAGAAACAAUGCCCCAAAUGUCCUUUUCAGGCAAUUUUGCUGCAAUUGCAUCAGAAUGGUUUGCAACUUCACAUAUUGUCAUAGGAAGUACUGCCAAUACUGUUAUCAUUCAAGGUGAAAUACAUACUAUUAGUGUCUUAAGAACAGUUUUUCAAUUUUCACAAUUUUCUGAUGUAACAAUUGAAAGCCGAGUGUGGAUUAUGACAGCCCAGAUGGAUUUUACAUCUCCUGGUUUUCUAAGAGAUUGGGACAUACAUUUCCUCCAUGGAGCUCUAUCAUUUGCUGUUCAUACAAACUACCCUAGAGGAUUCCAGAAAUUUCAGAAGGGACGAAACCCCCUCUCAGAAAAUAAAGAUGGGUUUAUCAGAAUCUUCUGGAAAGAUGCAUUUAAUUGUGAUUUCUCAAAAUCCAGUUUACCACAGAGAGAUGAUAAGAUAUGCACUGGGGAAGAAAGGUUGGAUAGUCUACCUGGAACACUGUUUGACACAAGCAUGUCUGGUCACAGUUAUAGUAUCUACAAUGCCGUUUACAUUAUAGCAUAUGCUUUGUAUGCCUUAACUUCAUCCAAGUCAAAAGAGAAGGCAAAGAUAAAAAACAUGAGACAAGAGUAUCUACUUGAAAAAGCCUGGCAGAAAAAACCACGUUCACUGUGUAAUGACAAAUGUCAUUCUGGUUCUAGUAGGGCCAAAAUAGAAGGGAAGCCCUUUUGCUGCUAUGAGUGCUCUCCAUGUCCAGAAGGGAAGAUUACAAGUAAGAAAGAUAUGGAUGACUGUUUGCCAUGCCCAGAAGUACAGUAUCCAAACAACAACCAUGAUUCAUGUCUUCCAAAGCAGAUAGUUUUCCUUUCUUAUGAAGACCCCUUAGGAACCAGUUUGGCCAUUACGGCAAUUGCCUUUGCUUGUAUUGCCAUUGUGGUGCUUGGGAUAUUCAUCAAAUACCAGGACACUCCCAUAGUCAAGGCCAACAACCGGAACAUCACCUACCUUCUCCUCAUCUCCCUUGUGCUCUCAUUCCUUUGCAGUUUAUUAUUCAUUGGAAAACCUGAAAAGGUGACCUGCCUUUUGCGACAAACUGCUUUUGGGAUUGUCUUCUCAGUAGCCAUUUCUUGUAUAUUGGCCAAAACCAUCAUUGUGAUUUUAGUUUUCAUGGCUUCAAUACCAGGUUCAAAGAUGAGGCGAUGGCUAGGCAAACCAUUAGAUAAUUACAUUGUUGUUUCUUGUUCCCUCAUUCAAGUCACUUUUUGUGCUAUAUGGCUUGUAACCACACCUCCAUACCCAGAUGCUGAUAUCAACUUAAUGGUAGAUGAAAUCAUUCUAGGAUUCCUAGCAGUUGUACUUUAUGGUCAGAGAAUGAUUCCUCUGACUAAGUGUCUUAUUAAGGCACCUCUGCCUAUUCUCCACAAGUAUUAUCAGCCUGGGGACUUUAUCAUUGCUAGCAUUACCUCUCAAGUCUACAUUUUUUCCAGUCCUAUAACAUUUCAGAAGCAGCCUUCUGAUGAAACUUUUGAUGACCUUUUCUAUUUUUUGGCAAGGUGGACCUAUCUUGCCUCAAUGGAACUUCUAUCCACACAGGACAAGUUCAUCCCAAACUACAAAUGUGAUAUUCAGAAUAGGAUUGUGGGAGUCAUUGGGGGACCUACUUCUGAAGUUUGUCUCCACAUGACAAACAUCCUGAGCACCUACAAGAUUCCACAGAUCUUAUAUGGGUCUUCUUCAAUAAUAAAAGACAAAACCAAAGAAGAUUUUUUUCACAAGAUGUUCCCCAAUGAGACCCAUCACUAUUUGGGCAUUCUUGAGUUGCUACUGCAUUUCAGGUGGACCUGGAUUGGCGUGAUUAUUUCUGAUGAUGACAAUGGAGAGGGGUUUAUACAGCAUGUACUUCCCUUAUAUUCUCAGAAGGGUAUUUGUGUGGAAUUCUUAGAAACAAUACCCAAAAUAACCUUUUCAAGUAAUAUUGCUGAAAGUGCGACAGAAUGGUUUGCAACUUCACGUAUUGUCACAGGAAGUACUGCCAAUACUGUUGUCAUUCAAGGUGAAAUACAUACUAUGAGUGUCUUAAGAACAAUUUUCCAAUUCUCACAAUUUUAUGAUAUAAGAAUUGAAAGCCGAAUGUGGAUUAUGACAGCCCAGAUGGAUUUUGCAUCUCCUGGUUUUCUAAGAGAUUGUGAAAUACAUUUCCUCCAUGGAGCUCUGUCAUUUGCUGUUCAUACAAAUUUCCCUAUUGGGUUCCAGAAAUUUCUGAAGGAAAGAAACCCAUUUUCAGAAAAUAAAGAUGGCUUUAUCCAAAUCUUCUGGAAAAAUGUGUUUAAUUGUGAUUUCUCAAAUUCCACUCUUGAAGAGAGAGAUGAAGAGAUAUGCACUGGGGAAGAAAGGUUGGAUAGUCUACCGGGAACACUGUUUGACACAAGCAUGUCUGGUCACAGUUAUAGUAUCUACAAUGCAGUUUACAUUAUGGCAUAUGCUUUGUAUGCCUUAACUUCAUCCAAGUCAAAAGAGAAGGCAAAGAUAAAAAACAUGAGACAAGAGUAUCUACUUGAAAAAGCCUGGCAGCUCCACAAGUUUAUAAGAAGUACUUCCUUUAUAAACAGUGCUGGAGAAAAUAUUUCCUUUGAUGACAAAGGACAUAUAAUUGCCGGAUUUGAUAUUUUCAGCUGGGUCACAUAUUCAAAUAACACAUUUACAAAAGUCAAAGUUGGAUGGGUAGACCCAAACUCUUUCUCUUCCAAAGCACUCAACAUUCAUGAAGACUCCAUGAUAUGGCCCACAAGAUUUAACCAGAAAAGACCUCAUUCCCUAUGUAAUGACAAUUGUCAAUCUGGUUCUAGUAGGGUCAAAAUAGAAGGAAAGCCAUUUUGCUGCUAUGAGUGCCUUCCAUGUCCAGAAGGAAAGAUUACAAGUCAGAAUGAUAUGGAUGAUUGUUUGCCAUGCCCAGAAGGACAGUAUCCAAACAACAACCAUGACUCAUGUCUUCCAAAACAUACAGUUUUCUUGUCUUAUGAAGAUCCAUUAGGAAUCAGUUUGGCCACUGCCACAAUCGUCUUUGUUUGCAUUGCCAUUGUGGUGCUUGGGAUCUUCAUAAAAUACCAGGACACUCCCGUAGUCAAGGCCAACAACCGGAACAUCACCUACCUUCUUCUCAUCUCCCUUUUGCUCUCAUUCCUUUGUAGUUUUUUAUUCAUUGGAAAACCUGAAAAGGUGACCUGCCUUUUGAGACAAAGUACUUUUGGAGUUGUCUUCUCAGUAGCCAUUUCUUGUAUAUUGGCCAAAACCAUUGUUGUGAUUUUAGUUUUCAUGGCUUCAGUGCCAGGAUCGAAGUUGAGGCAAUGGUUAGGCAAACCAUUAGAUAAUUAUGUUGUUGUUUCUUGUUCUCUCAUUCAAGUCACUCUUUGUGCUAUAUGGCUUGUAACCUCACCCCCAUACCCAGAUGCUGAUAUUAACCUAGUGGCUAAUGAAAUCAUCCUGGGAUGUAAUGAAGGCUCUACUCUCAUGUUUUACUGUAUUUUGCUCUACCUGCUUUUCCUUGCCAUUGUUGGUUUCAGUGUGGCUUUCAAAGCACGGCAUUUACCAGACAGUUUUAAUGAGACCAAGUUUAUCUCCUUUAGCCUGUUAUGGUUUUGCAAUGUUUGGUUGUCCUUUUUUCCAACAUAUCUGAGCAUCAAAGGAAAAUACAUGAUGGCUGUGGAGAUCUUUUCUAUUCUUUCUUCCAGUGCAGGGUUACUGGGCUGCAUCUUUUUUCCAAAAUGCUUUGUUAUUCUACUAAGGCCUAAUAUGAAUAAUAAAAAACAGUUAAUGAGAGGCAACAAGUACAAUUCCAUGAUAGUCUUUCAGUGA